AUGGCGCGCACGCGAAGCGCCUCGAGCGCGUCGGCGAGCGAGGUCACGAUGACGUACCGCCCCGCGGCCGCGCGCGAGGCGAGCGAUCAGUCCUCCGCGCGCGUCACCGCCGCGUCCGCCUCGACGCGGUCGCGGCGGGAUCGUAGCAGCGCGACGACGACGACGACGACGACGGACGGCGCCGACGAUCGCGGCGGGAUCGUCGCGGGGGGCCCGCGCGUCGCGCGCGAACGAGACGCGCGGAUCAUCGGGACGCCGCCCGUCCUCGGCGCGCUCGUCCUCUUCAUCGUCGUCCUCGUCGUCGUCGCGCUGCUGUGCGUCGCGUCUCCGAGCGCGCGCGCGAUGGAGGUGCGUUCUAUCUCAAACUGGUCCCCAUACGACCGCGUCGGCGUGGUGAACGCCGAUCCUUAA